GGACUUUGUCCCCAACAAGGCCUAUAAGAUAAUGGGCUCAGCCCAUUUGAAAGGGGUUCACUAGGAAACCCUAGACCACUUCUUUCUAUAAAUAAGGAGCCAACCUCCUUUGAGAUUGGACUCUUGGCUCUUGGACUCUCUUUUGGUCUCUCAUUCAUCUCUCUCUACUUCUAGAGAGAGAAACAUCUCUCCACAUGCUUUUAUCUAGGCACUUGUGAUCCUUUGUUGUAGAACUACGAUUGGCUUGAUCCCCUUUCGGGGUACGUAGGCAACUCUUCGCCGGGUGCAGCUAUAAUCAUUAAACACCUUUUUCUUAUUCUCUUCGAGUCCUCGUCUCGUUCAUUCAAGCGCAGAUCUUUCUCUCGUCACUUGAUCGAUGAGUCGUCAAUCGAUCGACGAGUCGUCACUCGACCGACGAGUCCUUACUCAACCGACGAGUCCUCACUCGACCGAAGAGUCGUCACUUGACCGUUCUCUUCGAGUCGUCUCCAUCCGGUUCAAGCUCAGCAUGAAGACUUCUCCUAACCCCACUGACGAGUCCUCGUCUCGUUUAUUCACUAGUUUGUUGACAGUUCUCGGUUCAAACAGAAAGAAGAAAUUGGUCCACGCCCCAAACCCUUUUUAUAGGAGAGUCUAAUGUUCUGGCAGAAGACUUCACAAUCUCUUUCUCUCUCUCUCUAAACCAAACCCAAAAAAAUCUUUACAUCUCUACCUUUUAACAAUCUUUCUCCUUUCGUUAAUCUCGUGAUCUUCUUUCUUCUAUUUAUGGACAUAGGAUGGUCUGGUCUCACUCUUGAUUCAUCUUCUCUCGAUCUCGUAAUACCUAAACGUUUCAAAAAAAAUUAUACUCAUCGCCGCCUCUCGACUCCGUUGACGAUGUCUACAACUGGAGAUGACGUUGACGAUAACAAGACCAAAAUAUCCAACGCCGCCAGAGAUUUUAGGUUUCCAGUGAGUCUUUCUGGUAUCUGUGACCGUCAAGAUAAUGAUAUAUCGAGUGGCGUCGCCGGUGAAAACGAUUGUGCAGUUCCCGGCGAAGAUUUUUUCUCCGACGAGAAAUCUAGGGUUUGUUACCUAGAGGACGCUGGAUUUUGUGUUAAAAAGGAGGUACAAGAUGAUCGAACGGACGUACAUACCGGUUUGAAUCUUCGAACCAGGAGUGAUCAAUCAGUGACCGACGACGAAGAAUCUUACGAAAUGGAAGAUAAGUGUGCAAAAAAUGAGUCAAUUAAGUUACAAGAUGAGCUAAAGAAAGUGACCAUAGAGAACCAAAAGCUAAGAGAAUUGCUUACACAAGCGAGCAAUAGUUACACUUCACUUCAGAUGCAUAUUGUUUCAUUAAUGCAACAGCAGCAAAAACAACAGAACAAGGCAAUAGAGGCUACUGAAAAUCAUGAGGAGACUAUAGUACCAAGGCAGUUCCUCGAUCUAGUCCCUUCCAGAGCACCUGGCGAGGCUGAGGAUGUGUCAAAUUCUUCAACGGAAGAUAGAACUCGUUCAGGCGGUUCUUCUGCGGCCGAGAGGCGUAAUAACGAGGUUAGGGACGGAAAGAGACUUGGACGUGAAGAAAGCCCCGAAACCGAGUCUAACAAAGUUCAGAAAGUGAAUAAUAGUACGUUUGAUCAACCCGGAGAAGCUAUCAUGAGGAAAGCUCGUGUCUCCGUUCGUGCCCGCUCGGAAGCUCCUAUGAUAAGCGAUGGAUGUCAAUGGAGAAAGUAUGGCCAGAAGAUGGCAAAAGGAAAUCCUUGUCCACGGGCUUAUUACCGUUGUACGAUGAUCACGGGAUGCCCCGUUCGCAAACAAGUUCAACGUUGUGCGGAAGACAGAUCGAUCCUGAUAACGACCUACGAGGGAAACCACAACCAUCCAUUGCCGCCAGCAGCAGUGGCGAUGGCUUCAACAACCACGGCCGCGGCUAACAUGUUACUAUCCGGGUCAAUGUCUAGUCACGAUGUGAUGAUGAACCCUACCAAUUUACUAGCUAGGGCUGUUCUUCCUUGCUCGACAAGCAUGGCCACAAUCUCAGCCUCCGCUCCAUUCCCUACCGUCACCUUAGACCUCACCCACUCACCUCCAUCUCCUAAUGGUUCCAACUCCUCCCCUUCGACAGCGGCCGCUAACAACAACAACCACCACAACGCAUUGAUACAGCGGCCACAGCAACAACAAAUGACGAAUAUACCCCCGAGUAUGUUACCUCAUGUAAUAGGUCAGGCAUUGUAUAACCAAUCCAAGUUCUCGGGGUUGCAGUUUUCCGGUUGUUCUCCAUCAGCUGCCUUUUCGCAGCCGCACGCUGUGGCUAAUACAAUAACAGCACUCACCACUGAUCCGAACUUCACGGCAGCUCUUGCAGCCGUUAUUACUUCUAUGAUUAAUGGUUCGAAACACCAUGAAGGCGAAGGAAAUGAUAGGACCGUAUUAUAUAAACUACGGAGAACUGAAUAUUGUAAAGAAUAAAAUUUAUAAAAGUAUACCAAAGAUUAAGAAAAGGAUGAUUCAACUGCAGAGGCGAGAUAUUAUCUCUUUCCUUAACUCAAAAUACGUCCCGUAGUGCGACGGUUUGAUAACGUAAUGAGUCCCAAAAUACAACUGCAAAAAAUCUUCUGAUUUGCGUCACUCUAUCAGAAGCCUGGCGAAACUAGUUUUGUGUAUACUCUCAGACUCAAAAGAAAAUCAAAGAAAAGGAUAAAAGAAAUAUGGAGGAUUGUAUGUUUUCUCUGUGUGUACACAAGUAAACACAAGUGCUCCUUUUAUAACUUAAUAAGAAUGAAACACGUUAUGUAAUUGAAUGAGUCGACUAACGUACAAUCAUAAUAGCAAUAAAGGAAAUUGAUUCCCAUCUCUACGAUUUAAAAAACGUUAGUACAUCAAGUCAUAAAGUUGCAUUGACCACAUCAAAGCCAACAAUAUACUUUAAUUGAGUUUAUAUUUCAUAUUUAACCAAAUAUAAAAAUAUUUUAUGAAUAAGAUUUAAAACAAAUUAAUUGACAUUAAAGUCUAAUCAACUUAUUAAAUCUAAAUUCAAACCCAAUUAUCUAAAGUGAAAUAUUUGUUAAAUUUUAUAUUUAACCAAAUAAUAGUUUUACAAGCUUUUCAUAUCAUUCACUUUAGACAUCCAUUUCUCAUUCAAAACAACUUCGAUUUUGACCAGCAAAUACACUAUUUCAUAGUGUUCACGGUGACGAUUACAUCGUGCCCAAAUUCCGGUCUUUCCGACAGACGUCUCCGUCGAAAAACCCAUCG